GGGAAAAAUGUCGAAUAACCCCUGUUUAUUGUAAGCAAGCCAGCGAUGGUUGUGGUCUAGCUACCUAUUAUUUUCCUCGUACCUACCACUACCACACUCUUUCAUCCCUUCCCCCUUCUUUUUUCCUCAACCCUCAUCAUCAUCAAUCCUCCCUCGAUGAAUUGAUAAACCGUUCUCAUCGUUUUAAUAUUGUCAUUCGCUUUAAUAACUGGCUAUCUGCCUGUUUAUUCAUAACACUCGCUUGGUAAUUAAAAAGUAAUAGACAGUUCCACCUACUACUCAAUUGGGGGAAGUCCGAAUUGUUUGAUCUAUUGCAUUGAUUUGGUCUUUUGUUGCUUUUUCUCGGCAACCCACACACGUCGCAUCAACAACGGGAGGAAGAAAAGUAGCAGGUUGAACACACGAGAUCGUAACGAGAAUCGGUCAACAAACAACAACGUAAACGACUAAAACCGGUUCGAAAGAGUCGAAGGAAUUAUCGUCGUCGGGGUUUCGAGUGUGUUUACUUGUUUGUGGCGUUUUGUCCCCUGUAAUCGUCUGCAAGGAGUCAAACGACUGUCACACCCACCCAUCUUCUAUUCAUUCACAUUCCAUCAUUUUAAGACACCAAAAUGAAGGGAGCACGGAGUAUUGGUCAAAUAUUGACCGUUGCCCUCGCUUUAAACCCUCUGGUAUCAGCAUGGCCGGGUUGGCUACCGGAUGUAGAUUCGCUGGUAGUACGGCAAGAUGAUAGCUCAUCAUCAUCAGCCGAUGCCACGCCAACGAAAUCUAGCAGCGACCCUAAGAAGACGGAGAGUUCGACGGACGAUAAAACCAGCAGUUCUGACAACGCUCAGACCAACCUUAACACGGCCUCAGGCACACCAACCAACAAAGCUGGUCAGAACACGGCUACGGGUACGGGUAAUAGCACGUCUAAAGCCACACAUUCAACGUUUGACCCGCAAGAUGGCGCCGGUGGUGUCGCUAUGAUCACACCCGCCACCACUGCGGGAACAACGCUCUACCGAAUCGGAGACCCGACCCCGAUUACCUGGGUUUGGAACUACACUUCCCUACAAGGAACCCCGACCGCUAUCGAUGUCCUAGUAUCAUGCUCCACGGCCUCCGCAACAUGGACACUGACUCAGAACAUGACAUUCGAGCCAACUGCUACUUUCACUUGGGAUACCGAAAAGUACUCCGAAAGUGCAAUUGCCAGCCCGUUGUUAGUUGCUCAAUACACAUUAUUGAUCCACGACUCGGACUCUUCCGCCGAUGCGACCGCCGAAGCCGGUUACCUCGCACCAUUCGACGGUCUCCAAUUCGGUCUGUACACCUCCAGGCCGUACCAAGACCUCGGCGAGUGGAAGUGUGCAACCUGCAGCGGUGCAUUAGGAGAUGCCGAGCGCCAAGCCAUAGGAUUCGCUGUCUCGAUGAGCAUCAUCACCAUCCUCAGUUUCACGUGGUACGUGACGGGAUUCGCUGCAUUACUGUAGUCUACAAUCCCACCACAUUUCUAACGUGAAGUGAAAAAUUGGACGAGGAGACGGUUAAUUUCUGAUUGCACAUAUUUGAGAGAUACGCGCGAGAUACAGCAUCACAUCUUAAUGCAGACAUUUAUAAACACAACGGUAUAAUCUGGGAAUUUCAAAUCAGGACAAUACAUCAUGCACUGGCGUUUUUUGAUACGAGAUCUAUUGCAAUUGCAAGGGCCGAUAGG